AUGUUAUUGGAAAAUGAAUUACUUUAUGAAAUAGUAACUAUGUAUUAUCCAGAAAUGAAAAAAAUAAAAUUUAACUAUUUUAAUCAAUUUGUAAGUUGGGAAUAACAAGAAAAUAAUAAGAAUAGUUCUCUUGAGAAGAUUAAAUAUAAAUAUAAAACAUUUAUUAAAAGAGCAAAAGAAAAAUGUAGAUUAGAUAACAUCUUAUAUGAAAUUUCAAGAAUCCAAUUUAUUAUUUAACAAUAAUUUGGAGAUUAAAUUCUGUAACAGAGCCACUAAAUGGGAGGAAAAUUGUCCAAUCAAUACCUUGAUCAAUAAAAUAGUAAAGAGUCAAAUAGAUUAACGGUUAAACCAGCUAAUUAUUCAGAUAUAGAAAAUGACUAUGCCUUAUUGGAACCUUUAGAAAUUUUAUAAAAAUAACCUUGA